UCAGCCAUGAUAAAACCUCAUGUGCUAGCUAAACAAGGGGACCUUGACAUGCUAACCAUAGUAGCUUAAAGUUAACAUAUCACUCAUUUAAAUCAUAUAAGUUUGAGCUGAAUCACAAAAACAGUGACAGCAGUUUUACAGAAACAAAGCUCAAGAAAAUAAAUUUCAUACCUAAGAAACAGUUUUUUUACAAUAAAUCCUGGAGCAGUUCAGGAAUCUCCUUGCUUUUUCUCUGCUAGGGGGGGCAUCCAACUGAGCAUAUGCAGUGUGAGUGUCAUCACUCUACAUUGUUUCUGAUUGGAGAAAAUUGACAUGUUGCAACAGUCCCCUGUUGCAACUGUCCCCGGUCUCCCCUAUUUCCUUCAGGAAAUGCUUUUCUAGUUUGUUGUUAUAAUUCAUACGUCGGUCUGUCUAUGACUCCUAUGUUAUUAUUAAAGAUAGGCACAAAAAAACAAGUUUCCUCCUGUUCAUCGCGCCCACAAUUUGAGAACCACUGAAGUAGAUAGAUCUUUUGAUGGGGCAAUGUCCCAUCUACCCAUUUGGAUGAGCCACACUCACACUACAAUCAACAAAAACAAUAUCCAUAUGAUGGUCACACUAUUAUGCAACAGUGUAACAAUGCAACACUGGCACAGAGCCAUACUCACCUUUGGAAAAAUUAGAUUAUGCUUGCUUGCUCCUCUCUUUACAAAAAUGUAAUGAAUCCACAGUUUUGUAGUAGGCUAUGGUCAAAUGUAGCACAACAGACAACUGUCACAUCAAAAAUAUCAAGACUGCUUAUAUUACAUUCUUGUUUACUUCAACUCUUUCCUAUGGAAGCGUACAUCCUCUAUCCUAUGUUGCCCUUUGUCUUCCUUUCUGUACAGUGUUAGCUCACUGUUAUCGCCUGUUGUCCAGAGCAAAUAAUUUUUAUGAGCUUGUGCACUCCCAUAAAUCCAAAGUUCAUAAGAUAAUCCUGGAGUUAUAUACCAUGGAAACAGAAUCUAAUAUGAACAUAAUGUAGGCCUAUAAAAAUGGAUUUGUUAUCUGUUUGAGUCAUCUGCUGAAAUGAUCGGUAUAAAAUAUUCUAUCAUUUCAACAUCAAGCAGCAAUUUCUUGCCAAAUGUUUUUUGCUUUGCACAAUAUGGGUGCUAGUUUAAAUCCACCAGCUGCACUAUGUACACCUACAGUACUGUGCUGCAGUAUAGGCAGUGAUACAAUAUUUGAUCAUUUAUUGACACAGCACAAUGUAGAAGAAAUCAAUUGAGUAAUAUGUUACCAUAACAGCAACGUGACGGAAGUUGACUCUGAAAUGAGAGUUUGCCAUUUAGAAUUUUUAAAAGCUUUAGAAACAGUGUGACUUGUAAAUGUGUAAAUGAAUUAAUAUCAAAUUCAUAUCAAACUUCCUCGUCUGUGUGCUGGCCCACCCAUGCUUGCAUGUAGCAUGGUAUUAAUUCAGCAAUGUGUUUUUUCCCAGGAAUGUGGUCAUGAUGGGCAUUUUAUGAGCCAUGGAUGGAGGACGUUGGAAGUUUAUUCAUGCAUCAGAAGUUUGUUAUGCACACACACACUAUCUGAAAUUAUAUUAAACAACAUCCUUAUUGCUAAAGUGUUUUAUCACCCAGGCCUACCCCUCAUCCACUAGAUGGCAACAGCAUGACUUGGCAAGAUUAAGGACCACCCCAGUCCAAAGUCUGAACUUGAUCCAGGCAGCAGGUUAUUCCAACACUGUUUGCUACAGCACACAAUCUGCCGGAUUUCAGCCAUGGAGAAUAUCACAGACUACCUUUGUAAAUACAAAGACUAUGUGUUUGCCAUUGGAGUCACAACAGCAGAGUACAUAGACUCACUUCAAAACUUUGAGAUACGGGACAGUGAUGUGUUCGUUGUUACCUACCCCAAGUCAGGCACGGUAUGGACACAACAAAUUGUGACACUGAUCUGCAAGUCUGACUUCAAGGACUCUGACCUUUACCCCAACAACUUGGAGAAAAUGCCUUGGUUGGAGUACCGUGAAGGCCGCCCAGACUACUCACUGCGUCCCUCCCCACGGCUCUUCGCCUCUCACCUCACCCCAGUCCUGAUGCCCCCCGGCCUGAAGGACAGGGCAAAGGUUAUUUAUGUAAUGAGGAACCCGAAGGACAAUGUGGUGUCAUAUUACCAUUUCUGCCGUGCAUGGGCCGCUUUGGAAACCCCAAAGAGCUUUGAUGAAUUUCUUCAGCAGUAUCUUUUAGGCCAAGUUGGUGCUGCGUCCUGGUUCGACCAUGUGCGUGUCUGGAACUCUCAGAGAGAGCAGUACAAUAUUUUGUUUCUGACGUAUGAAGACAUGAUCAUGGACCUCCACACAGCUGUGCGGAAGAUUUGCCAUUUCCUGGAACGAGAUCUUGAUGAGGCAGCUAUCAACCGAGUAGUGGAAAAAGCCACCUUCAAGAACAUGAAAACAGACCCGAAAGCCAACUAUGAGUUUUUGCCCGAGGAACUCCUCAACAGAGAAAAAAGUCGCUUUCUCCGUAAAGGAACCAUUGGUGACUGGAAGAACACCUUCACAGUGGCCCAGAGUGAAAUGUUUGACCGUGUUUACCAGGAGAGAAUGGGAGACCUACCUUUGAAGUUUAUCUGGGAAAUGAAUGGACAGCCACGAUGACAUUGUAUUAUAAAGUUGCACAUGAAAGUCAUUAAGAAACAUCCCUACAAAAGACUACAACUGUCCCCUCUCUCUUUCAAACUGCUAUGUCUCUCUCUCUCUCUCUCUCUCACUCACACACACACACACACAAAGACAUUUUCAUAAAAUAUUCAUCAAUCACUUGCUGAAGGAGCAGGAAUCGAAGAAAUAUUAUGCAUCAUCUUAAUACUGGUUGAACCAUUUAUUUUGAUCAAAUCAGUAAUUUGCAAAAUGAUACUUUUUUUAGAUAUUAUGCAAUCAGUUACUCAGUUAAAACAGAAAUGUAUGAAAUACAAUGACCGUCCAUGCGUUGCUUCUUUGCUUUGUAAUCUCAGUAAUACAAUCAAAGAGUACAGUAAAGAUUCUAGAAACCGUCAUGUGUUAAUUUCAUCAGCCCAUCAUAACCACUGUUGGAUGCAUAAGAUGACACUGAAAGCACUUUGUAAUUGUCUUACCACACUUAAGUAACUUACCACACUUAUAAGUAACAAUAAUAUCUGCAUGAUUGAAGAUUGUAAGAUUGGUUUGAAGAUUAAUUGAAGAUUGGUUUUGCCACAUUUACCUCUGUGCUUCUAGUCACAGAGGCUGAAUUUGAGCCAUACAUUACGGUUUACCUGAGAACCGUUAUUAUUCUUAGACAGAAUUAGGAUAAUAUGCUAAUUUUCACUAAAUAAAAAUAUUGGUUUGAUUGAU